GAAGAUACUUUUCAUUCAUUGACAUUCGUUCAUUUUGUUUUCUAAUUUCCACAAAGUGAAUUUUAACUUCUGGAAAUGAACAGUUCAUUUUCGUGGGCGGUGAGACGAUACAGUCAGAAUUUGGCCGCCACUGCAGGAGGUCAUGGAGGUGGAUCAAGCCGAUGGAGGCUACUGUCAUUCCUUACUCUAAUCCCCAUUGGUGCCUGCUAUGUUAAUGCCCAGCAAAUUGAGAAGCAGGAACAUGAGCAUUGGGAGAAACACAAGCCCGAGUUUAUCCCAUAUGAGCAUUUGAGACUUAGAUCAAAAAGGUUUCCAUGGGGCGAUGGAAACCACACACUGUUCCACAACAAGAAAAUUAAUGCCUUACCCGAUGGUUAUGAGGAAUAAAUCACAUCAACAUCAUUCUGCUACUAGUACUUCAUUGAACAUGAUCAUUUAAUCAUUUGAUGGACCCUCUGAUGAUGAAUUUUCGAGUUCCUCAAUUAGUUUUUGAUUUAUUAUGAAAAAUUAUGUUCAGUGGUUUGUUGGUUUUUAGACAUUUAUCUACACAAAUAAAAUUGAAUUAAAAUAUUUUUAUAAGAUUGAGAACAGUUGAGAAAAAAAAUGUAGUUAUUUAUAAUGACAAAUACUACACAAUUCGGCACAAAAAACAUUUUCUUUCCGUUUAUUCAAAUGCUAAAAAUAAUGAAGAUUGAAGAA